UUUCAGGACAAGGUGAUGUAGUGAGGUGUUUCCACUGUGAUGGGGGUGUGAGGAACUGGUCGUUUGGAGAUGAUCCUUGGAGGGAACAUGCCAAAUGGUAUCCAGAGUGUGAGUUUUUAUUGCGGUCUAAGGGGAGUGAGUUUGUUAGCAGUGUUCAGGAGUCCUUUUCUAGCACCCUGCUCUCUCCAAGGGAGUCCUGGGAUCAGACUGAAGGAGAUUCCCCUGCUUCCCAAGAUCCUCUGAGGAACUGGGAAUUGCAGGCUCUUCCUUCCCUGGAUCAGGUGACCAUAGUGCAGAACGUCCUGCAGAUGGGUUUUGACCCCAUCUGGGUGGCUAGCCUGGUAGAGAAUAAAUAUAUGCUGACUGGGACUUGCUACUGCUCUGAGACUGAGCUGAUUUCUGACCUGCUGCAGCCAGAGUGGGCAGAGAGCAGCAAUGCUGUUCAGAGAGAGACUGAAACACCAAGAUCAGGAGAAGAAAUGCAACCUGUGCAACGGAAGGAAUCAGAGGAGCCUGGGAUGAGCACAGAACAACAACUCCGCCGCCUGCAAGAGGAAAGGAGGUGCAAAGUGUGCAUGGACAGAGAUGUGUCUGUUGUGUUUGUUCCUUGUGGCCACCUGGUAGCUUGUGGGGACUGUGCUGUCAAUUUGAGGUCCUGUCCUAUCUGCAGAGCUGUCAUCAGGGGAAGUGUGAGGACUUUCAUGUCCUGA